CUGAAGCGAUAGAGUAUGGAGCGAAAUUCUGAGAUUAGGAAGUGUUACUCUAGGAAUAAAAGAUCAGCAACAGGUUUUCCUGGUUCAGUCAGCAGCGCAAGCUCCAAGUUGCCGGUACUUGAGUUUGAUGUUGGCCAGGACCAUAUUUUUCCUUGUCAUUCAAUCUCACAAUAUUUUCUGUGUGAAGAGGAUUACAGAGAGAUGAGUCUCACAUUAAUAGUGAUUCUGCUAUCGCUGGCUACAAUUUCCUACUGUGAUAAUAUUGAAUUUACUGUUGGCAAUCGAUUCAGAAGGCAAGCUGCUAACACAUGUGAAACACCAAGCAAACAGCAAGGACAAUGCAUAAACAUAAUGGGCUGUAAGCAGCUGUACGAUAUGCUGUCGAACCCGAAUCGACCGCCGGCUCAGACCAGUCUGCUGCAGGGAUCGUUCUGUGGCUACGAAAAUGAAAAACCGAGAGUGUGCUGUCCGCGACAACAGAUUAGUGCACCUCGGCCUCCCAGCCAGCCUCAGCCUCCGUCAAAGCCGAACCCCGUCAACAAUCAACCACAGCAGUCACAGGCCAAUUGCGGCCUCAGCACCGUAUCCAUCAACAAGAUAGUUGGCGGGCGUCCUGCUAUUCUCAGAGCCUGGCCUUGGAUGGCUUUAAUUGGAUUCAAUUCCAUGUCCAGACCGCAGUGGAAAUGCGGUGGAGCAUUGGUCAAUGACAGGCAUGUCAUUACCGCCGCACACUGUAUAGUCAGAAAAAAAUUAACCAUUGUGAGACUUGGAGAACUGGAUUGGAACACAACAGAUGAUAACGCCAAUCAUGUCGACAUGCCGAUUGAAAAAGCAUUCCCUCAUCCGCGAUACAACCCAGUUAAGCGAGCGACUGACGUAGGAAUUAUCAGGCUAAGGGAGCCUGUUCGUUUCAGUGCCGAUAUACAACCAAUCUGUUUGCCAGCAUCUACCGAAUUGAGAAACAAAAACUUGGAAAACAUUUCUCCAUACAUUACUGGUUGGGGCUCAUUUUCUUACAAAUCAAAUUUGUCAUAUCCGUCACAACUGUACGAAGCGCAGGUGAAUGUCAAGUCAAAUCGAGACUGCGCUGCAGCUUACGCUAGGCUUGGAAAUAAAGCUGGCAUCUCCAUUGAUGACAGUGUUUUGUGUGCUGGAGGAGAGGCAACUGAUUCUUGUCAGGGCGACUCAGGUGGACCUCUGAUGAUUCCAAUUAAACAAAACUUUUACUUGUUUGGCGUCGUUUCUUAUGGCCACAAAUGUGCAGAGCCUGGAUUCCCCGGAGUAUACACUCGGGUAACCGAGUUCGUCGACUGGAUUCAAUCCAACAUUAAAAGGAUCUCAAUAUUACUAAGUUACAUUCCGACAAAAUUAUACUCAGGGAAAAUGGGUCUCACCUUCCAUGUGAUAGCAGUGUUAUCGCUCAUUACGAUAUCCUACAGUGAUAAUACCGAAAUAAACGUUAAUAAUCGCGUUAGGAGGCAAGCCUUCAGUUUCCAACAAGAAACGAAUACAUGCCAGACACCGAGUGGCCAGCCAGGACAGUGCAUAGUGAUCCUGAACUGCGAGCCGCUGCUCAACAUUCUCUACAACGAGAAGCGGACGCCCGCCCAAACGCAGCUGCUGAAGAGGUCGCACUGCGGCUACGAGAACGGCAACCCGAAGGUGUGCUGUCCACCGCAGAACAGGCCGACUCAGCCGCCACCGCGACCGACCAGUUCGCAGCCGAUCACACAGUCUAACGGCGGCAACGACAACUCUAUGCCCUGCGGAAUCAGCGAAUCCGGCUUCAACCGGAUCGUCGGUGGUCGGCCGGCCACUCUCAGAGCUUGGCCUUGGAUUGCUUUACUAGGAUACAAUUCUAUGACAAGGCCUGCUUGGAAUUGUGGAGGCACAUUGGUGAAUCCCAGACACGUUGUAACUGCUGCCCAUUGUAUUGCUGGAAAAAGAAUGACCAUGGUGAGAUUAGGAGAUUUGGAUUGGAAUACGACUGCUGAUAACGCCAAUCACGUGGACAUUCCAGUGGAGAGAGCAUUCACCCAUCCACAGUACAACGCUCAAAAGCACGUCACAGACAUCGGAAUUGUCCGGUUAAGGGAGGCUGCUCGUUACAAUGCGGAUGUGAGGCCGAUUUGCUUACCAACAUCUGCGGAGUUGAGGAAUUACGACUUGGAGGGACUUUCGCCAUUUAUCGUUGGUUGGGGAUCACUGGCUUUUAGAGCUACAACUUUCCCAACAAAGCUGUAUGAGGCUCAGGUGGAUAUAAGAACGAAUGAGCAAUGCUCAGCUGCCUAUGCUAAGCUGCCAAAGGGAGGUGGUGUCACUAUUGAUGAGAGAGUAAUAUGUGCUGGAGGAUCAACCAAAGAUGCUUGUCAGGGAGACUCAGGCGGACCUCUGAUGCUGCCAGUGAAAAAGAAUUAUUACUUAUUUGGAGUUGUCUCAUAUGGAUACAAGUGUGCUGAGCCUGGGUUCCCUGGCGUCUAUAGCAGAGUAACCGAAUUUAUCGACUGGGUUCAAGCUAACAUUUGAUGGAUUCCAACCAUUUAAAAUGGAAAAUUAACAUUUCUGAUAAUGGAAAAUGUUCUAGAAAAACUAACGAACAUAACUGAUUAAAUACAAUUCAUCAGCAAAAAUGGCCUUAAUAUGUAUUAUAAAACCGGAAUAGACUGACAAAAAAUUAUCAAGAUUAGGUUGAUCCUCAACGUAUAUAUAUGUAAACGGUGCUUCAUAAGAAAAGCUUUAAGAAGAACAAUUUAUUAUAAAUAAAAUUUGUAAGGUUUUGGAAUUUUACAUCUGAUCAUAUCUCAUAGUAUUCAUCUUAAAGAUUAAUGAGUGUUUUAUUUUUCCAUUAUUUAUAUUGAUAAAAUCAAGUGAAAUAGAUUAGAAUUAUAAAUUUGAAUUUGAAAAGCUAUUGUGAUUUAUUAGGUAGGCUAGCCUAUUUAUACAAUAAAACGUAUACAGUAUUAAACAAGGUUUCUUCUGA